AUUAAUUUGUCGUAAGAUAGUGCCUUCAGCGGUCAGAAAUGCAUACAAUAUUAUCAGGUUUCUUUCCUACACUGGCAACUACAUACACUCCCACUAGACUUAUUAGUCAACUCUUGGUUCCACGUAUACCCGAAUGCUUUGGGUGGAUGUAACGCACUUCUGCCAUGCUAAUGAACAGCUUUGCUGUCACAAAUAAAAAUGAACUUUACAUUUUCAUUUAGUUAAUAAAUUUCGAGAAAAUUUUCCAUGAUUGCGCAGGCUACCGACACGACGAUCAAGACUGACAAAAAUGGAAUUCUGACACUGAAAUAUAGCCGGACGUCGCAGUAAGCCGCCAUUUUCGCAAUGUGCAUGUUCAUUGACUUGAGGUUGGUCUGAUGCAGACCGGAGGAAUGAAUUUUUGGCUAAUUUCUUAAAAUACGGUGUCACUUGGGCCUUUUAGGGAAUUCUUUUAGGAAUCUUGCAAGUUCCUUCAGCUUACUGCCAUAACUGAUUGAUUCUUGCUCACAUAUUGAAGAGGAAACAUGAAUCCCUCUGACCAUGGGUUUAACCCCGCCUUCAAUAUGGCAGCCAUUAAACAAGUUAUUAAUGAAGCUGUGGAAAGAGUGCGAAUGCCCACUCCCAUGCGAUUAAGGGAUUUAAUUCGUCAGAUUCGUGCUGCCCGUACAGCUGCAGAAGAGCGAGCUGUUAUUAAUAAAGAGUGUGCUUAUAUUAGAUCCACAUUUCGAGAAGAAGAUAGUGUUUGGAGAUGUCGCAAUAUUGCUAAGCUUCUGUACAUCCAUAUGCUGGGGUAUCCAGCUCAUUUUGGACAGUUAGAAUGCUUAAAAUUGAUAGCAUCACCCCGUUUUACUGAUAAACGUAUUGGUUACUUGGGUGCUAUGUUACUUUUAGAUGAAAGGCAGGAUGUACAUCUUCUCAUUACCAAUUGCUUGAAAAAUGACCUUAACAGCUCCACCCAAUUUGUGGUUGGAUUGGCCCUCUGCACUCUAGGUGCCAUUGCUUCACCUGAAAUGUCUCGUGAUUUAGCUGCUGAAGUGGAAAGAUUAAUGAAGUCACCUAAUGCUUAUAUUCGUAAGAAGGCUGCCCUGUGUGCUUUUCGCAUUAUACGUAAAGUUCCUGAGCUAAUGGAGAUAUUUCUCCCUGCUACACGAUCACUUUUAUCUGAAAAGAAUCAUGGUGUGCUGAUAACUGGGGUUACUCUUAUUACUGAAAUGUGUGAGAACAGUCCUGAUACAUUACAGCAUUUUAAAAAGCAGCCUAAAGAAAUCCACGAGAGGAUGAAUGUCGUCUAUGGUGAUGAUGCGCUUUCAUAUUAUCAAGUAAAAUUGUGGGCCAAGCAAUUUAACAGGGGAGAUUCAGUUGAAGAUGCCCCUCUUUCAGGGCAACCUGUGGAAGCAUCUUCAAAAGAAAUGUGCCAAAAAGUGGAGAGCAUGAUUUUUGAACAUUGUCAUGUUAAGAUUGUUCCAAACUUGGUGCGAAUUUUGAAGAAUCUCAUCCUGGCAGGAUAUUCUCCAGAGCAUGAUGUUUCUGGAGUCAGUGAUCCAUUCUUGCAGGUAAAGAUACUACGUCUUUUAAGAAUAUUGGGAAAGAAUGAUGCUGAAGCAUCAGAAGCCAUGAAUGACAUACUGGCCCAGGUGGCAACCAACACAGAAACUAGUAAAAAUGUUGGCAACACCAUUUUGUAUGAAACCGUUCUUUCCAUUAUGGACAUAAAGUCUGAAAGUGGUUUACGGGUUUUGGCUGUCAAUAUUCUUGGUAGAUUUUUACUAAAUAAUGACAAAAAUAUUCGUUAUGUUGCUUUAAAUACUCUUCUUAGGACUGUGUAUAUAGAUACAAGUGCUGUACAAAGACACAGGAGUACCAUUCUGGAGUGUUUGAAGGAUCCUGAUGUUUCCAUCCGAAGAAGAGCUCUUGAAUUGAGUUUUGCCCUUGUAAAUACAAACAAUAUACGAACUAUGAUGAAGGAAUUGCUAGUUUUCCUGGAAAAAGCUGAUCCUGAAUUUAAAGCUCAAUGUUCCUCUAAUAUAGUCCUAGCUGCUGAACGUUUUUCACCCAACAAACGUUGGCAUCUUGACACUCUGUUGAAAGUUCUUGUUGCUGCUGGUAAUUAUGUUCGGGAUGAUGUAGUUGCAUGUACUAUUCAGUUAAUAUCAGAAUCAACAUCACAACAGAGGUACAUAGUGGAACAGUUAUGGCAAGCAUUGGAAAGAGAUACACAAGACAGACAACCACUUAUCCAGGUAGCAACUUGGUGCAUAGGAGAAUAUGGAGAUCUGCUUUUGUAUGGACCUUCAACUAGUGAAGAAGUUGCCAUCAAGGUAUCAGAAGAUGACGUUAUUACUGUAUAUCAAAGGUUAUUGUGGUCAACCCAGAACACAAUUGUCACAAAACAGUAUGCCCUUCUUUCCCUAAUGAAAUUAAGUUCAAGAUUUCAAGCUGGAAACGAUAAAAUUCGUCAAAUAGUGGACACAUUUGGCAGUCAUUUGAACAUUGAAUUACAACAAAGAGGAGUUGAAUUUUCUCAAUUGUUUCGAAAAUAUGAACACUUGCGGCCUGCUCUUCUGGAAAGAAUGCCACCAAUGGAAGGUGCUCGACCUAAUAAUGGUUCAGCAGUCCUAACGAAUGGAGAAGCAGAGGAUGGGGAAGGUUUUGGAGAGGAUGGCAGUCUUCUUUUGGGAACAGAUGGAAGCAAAAAAACAGAAAAUGAUGCGCAGGACUCGAAUGCUCUUCUGGUGCUACUUGGAGGCUCUGAAGUUAUUGAAGAAGGGGGUGGUGAUAAAGUUGAGCUUCCCAAAUCUACUGGGACUGAUAAUCAAGACCUUCUCGAUCUUCUUGGUGAUUUGGACACAAGUGGCACAGGUACAGCAAAUCAGGUUCCACAAAUUAAUGUACAGAACAACAACAACAUUCUGUUCACUUCCAACCAAACCAACUUUCUUGUGGAUGGCCUUCUGAGUAGUCAGCCAGUUGUGAAUAGUAUACCAAGCAUAAUUGCUUAUGAUAAAAAUGGUUUAAAGAUCACAUUUUCAAUGGAACGGUUACCAGAUCACCCUGGUACAACAAUUAUCACAAUGACUGCUGUUAAUGAAUCAACAACUCCAAUGACUGAAUUUCUUUUCCAAGCUGCUGUGCCUAAGACAUUUCAGUUGCAAAUGAUGUCACCCUCUGGAACUGUAGUGCCUCCUGCUGGACAGGUGACACAGAUUCUCAGAAUUGUGAAUCCUAAUAAGAGUGCACUCCGAAUGCGGAUUCGAGUUUCUUUUAACUCCAGUGGUUCUGCUAUACAAGAUCAAGCUGAAGUGAAUAAUUUUCCUCCUGAAAGUUGGCAGUGACCUUUUGCUGCUUGAAUUAAAAAGGAAGCACUGCUUUUGAUUUUUAUAAACAGUACUUAAAACUGUUAGGUAUUUCUACUAUUUGUGUGGAAUUCAUGGAUAUCCAGAACAAGCAGCCUCUUGUUGAAUUGCAGAAAAAGAGGGAGAUGGAAUUUCAAUGGAUGAUCAAGUAUUUCUAACAAGAAAAAUAUGAUUAGUGAUACAAAAUUGCUACAAUACUGGGACAGGUGUGCUUCACCAGUAGGAUCUGAAGAACUGUCCUCACAUGGUGCAACCCUUUGUUUAGAAUUUGCACUCUUAAUGGCUGUGGAAGUUGAUGGAAAGAAAGUUAAUGUUUGUCAAUUUCUUUCAAAGAGACCUUGUGAAAAGUCCAUUAUUAUGUUGUCCUGUUAAUGUGUACAUACAUAUAUAUAUAUACAGUAUAUUUAGCAAUGGUUUCUGUAGUUAACAUGUAGUUCUGUGUUCAUAUUGUUCAAAAGAGAGGCACUAGUUUCUGUGGUAGUAUUUCCAGAAAAUGGUGGAGGGUUGAGUAUAUUAUUUUUUGACAUCCUCUCUUUGUUUUAUAUAAUUAUAUUUUCUUCUUGUAUAUACAUUUGUGAACAUCUGGUUUUUUGCUUGACCAGAUGGCUAAUUUUGUCUGCUGUAGAUAUGCAUGUAUAACAAGAUUUGAUAGGUCCUUGUAAUGAAAUUUGUUAAAUGCCAAAACAUUACACAUGUUGUGUACAUAUGUUGUGAAAUUUGUGUACACUACUAUUCCAGUGCUGGAUGACAUUAGUUCUCCAGCAAAGGCUGUGUGGCUUGUUGCCUCUCCUUUCUUCCACUGUAUCCUUUCAUAUGAUCUUUCUAACUUAUUUGUGUGGGAUUGGGGAGUAGGCUGUACAAAUACUGAAAAAAAUGGGUGAACUUGAAUUUUAGUAUUCCCUCCAAAUGCACCAUUAAACAUCAGGGUUUUUAUUGCUAUGUACUACUGAUAUAUUGUAUAAUAGGAAAACCCCCAAAUGAAAGCAAUCUUUCAAGUUUUUCUUGCUGUGAACAUGCUAUUAAAGGUGAAUCGGUAACAGACCAAGGGAUGAAUGUAUUGUAGAAGCUAAACUGGGAUAUAACCUGCUGGAAAAUAACUUGAAUCAAUUGACUAUUUUUUCAGAACUUAAAUAAAUUGUGUGCAUCAGCUACUUUUCUUCAAAAAAUUUUCAUUUUUAUAUCAACAUAUAAAAUUAUUUGCAGAGGUUUAGAAAAGAGUGAACUGUUCAAUUGUUUUUUGAAAGUACCUCACAUUUGUUCUGAAAGCAACUUUAUUUGAUAAUUUAUUGCCUAAUCUGAACUUUUUCCCCAGCAAAUGCCAUUCAUUUUAAAUUGUAGGUAGACUUAUAUAUGCUUUGUGGGUUAGAGAGUUUUUUUCUACAAGAUUACUAUGUCAAGAUGUUGCUUGUAUGUGAUCAUAAUAUUGUAAUUUGUUGGACCACAAUAAAAGAAGUUAAUAUAACUCUUGUUUAAUAUCUUCAGAUUGUGGAGAUGAUGUUGAAUACUGGAAUAGUGGUGUUGCAUAGUACAUGCUAUUUCUUGAUCUGUUUUGUUGUAUUAAAAAGAAAUAAUAAUGUAUUUUUUUGUUUUUACUUAUAUAUUUUGCCUGAUUCAGCUGAGAAAGAAAGGAAAUUGUGUUGCAAUAACAAUUUCAUAAAUUUCAUGUGAAAUUUAUAUAUACAUAAUACUUAAACUUUUCCUGGCAGGUCUACCUCAGCAGUUCCCAGUGAAACUGACAAUGCAUAUCGCAAAAGACUUUUGAAAUUAAUUUGUGUAGAGAUGUUUAAGUAUGAUUGAAAGGCAAAGUACAGGACCAAUUUUCAUACGUUUUCAAACUUUUGUACAAGAUGACUUGGUGCUGUGUGGUUUCAUUUUCAUCUUUGUUAAAGGAAGUGGCAAAACCUUAAAUUAUUGUCAAAAGCAAGUCCAUGUGACUGAUAAAUUUAACUAUUAUGUUUUCUUUAUUGUGAGCAAAUGCCACUUUUAACUUACAAUGUACUACCACAAAAGUCAAGACAAACCCCUGCUAAUUUGCAGUUUUACACCUUAACCUGAUAUCUCUGGUCUUCAUUCACUGUUCACAAACCACUACCAGCAGGAAUCAAUACUUCUCUGAUUUGUGUAUCCACUACAAUGUUACAUUGCUUUUUAAUAAAGAUAUUGAGUACCACAUUAGUUUACAUGCUGAAAUUUUAAAUUCUUUAAUUUCAGAUUUACUGUAAAAUAACUACAAUGCAUUUAAUAUCCCUGAAAACAACUUACUUAUGAAUACUUUAAAUUAUAACUAUCUCCCUUCUAGAAUUUUGAAAUAUUACAGUUUUCAAAAUUAUAAACUUGUUAUAUAGUAUUAAAGUUGUUCUUUUAGAGUUGUAUGUGGAGAUAUGUUUGUAAUAAAUAAAAGAAAUAAGUGUAGUAUCAAAUUUAUUUGCAAUACUGUGCACAACAGAGUAUACAUGGUAAGAACACAGUAUUUUUUCAAUUUCAAAUAAUAUUCUUAGGUCAAGCACAUUUAAGCAAUUUUUGGAAUAAUUUUAAAUCAUUAGACCUGAAGUAUUGUAGUACAAAGUAUAAACAGUUAUGUAUCACACUUUGUCUUUAUCUGAUUGAAAAGACGAUCUUUAAUCAUCUGAGCCAUAAGGCCAUGAAUGAUUUCAAUUGUAGUUUUGCAGCUGUCUUUAGUUGCUUUCAGCAAUUUAUCCUCUGUUCUUUUCUCAUGUGGAUCUGAUCCUCCCAACAUGAAACCACCACGUCCAAGGGCAGCUUCUGAUUGUUCCAACUUGUCAGACAAAUCAAAUAUCUGUCCUGUUGUGUAAUCUGCAUUUGUCAACAAGCUAGAUGAACUCAAAGUGUUCACCCAAUAUUUGUUCCACAAUGAAUCUAAUAACCGACGAUCCAAAGAUGAUUUGAAGUAGCUCACUUCUAGGGAAUAGUACUGUUUACAAUGCACCCCAAAAUCUUCAAUUUUGUUAAGAGGUAUUGUCUGAUAUUCAGAUGGUUCUUCGUUAGCAGGUUUGUAGCCCUAGGGUAUGUACGAAAAGCACCAAGGCAUACUUUCCCGGCAGAUAUAGUUCUUACAGGAUCAAUGACAAUUGCAACAAAUGGUUCCUGAAAAUUCUGAUUAAGCAUUUGAGUUGACACAUCAAUUCCUGAUAACCAACAACCAUACCCAGGAUGGCUGUGAUACCAACCAAUAGCAUUCUCCAAACGGCCCACCUGCUUUGCUGCUUCAAUGUAUGCUGUCAUAUACUCAUAUGCUUGUGCUUGGGCAUUAACUCUUGUUUCAGUGCCUUCAACAGGCAAGGCAAAUGAAUCCAUUACCAUCAUAGUGUUUGCAUCAACUUUGCCCAGCAGUAAACCCAUUACUUCAAGAGUACCUCCAGAUCUUGCAUGCAUUACCAUUUUCAAAAGUGCAAGAGCAGAAAUUUUAAUAUCUUUAAAGAAGUGUGGGUCUUUUUCCCAUGGUUUGGCUGCAAGAAUAUCUUGCUGUUGCUUCCGAUCGUAACGAUAUAUUUCAUCAACAGUACUAACAGUUUCAACGUUAUUUGCCAGUUCCCAUGUUUUCUGUGCAAUAGUGGCCUGGCUGUCGCCCGAAGAACCACUAGCCAUUGUCACAGGCCCUGACUGUUCAAAACAAUAUUAUAGAGGAACGCAGAAGAACACUUACAGUAAAGACUAUCGCACUCGCAUGAACGGACUGCGGAUUGCACUUGUCAACGACUAGUACAAGUAAUGGCCACGGGUUUUUUUGGGGGCUCU